GCCCGCUCCCGCUCGUCGCGCCGCCGGGGCAGCCGCGGGCCGCAGUCCCUCCUUCCGCGCUCCGAGCCGCGGUCCCCAGUCUGCGCUCGUUGUCUGAUUAUGAAAGGGAAAGUGGCCCUUUCACCACCUGGCUCCCAGGCUGGGAGCUUUUGUCUGGGAAGGAGUGCACACGGCCUCAUCCACUCCCCACCUCCCAGCCCCAAAGAAAUUGAGAGCGAGGACUCGAUACGCCUUGAGGGCUCCUUGGGUCUGCUCUUAGCUCCCUGCUUCCUCCCCACUCCGAAGUUGCAAGCUUGCAACAAGGAAGUCGUGCAGCCGCCAUUGUCGGGCUGUCCGGGGCAGGGGAGGCGGCUGCAGCUGCUUAUGUAAGUUUUUGGCUUUGCGGGAAGCCCGCUCCCUGCACUGUAGCGCGGCUCAGCGCGCCCGCAGUUUGGAGAGCAAUUAGGAAGGGGCAGCCUUAUUGUGAAGGUGGUGUUGGGGCUACGUCUUUUCCUACAUGUGCCUACACAGAUGCUAGCAACAGCUGUCUUCCAGUUUUGACUCACCUGAACUUAGCGAUUGGAAUCUCUCAAUGGCAAGGGGGGUGGGGCGGGGAGGAGGCCGUCAUGGACACACAUGGUCUCCUUUCCAGGUCUCAUACAUCUUGAGAGAGAGCGGGGAGAGGGGUGGGUGGCCAAGUACACACUAGCCAAAAAAAAAAAAAAAAACAACAACAACACAUUGAUACGUUGUCAUAGCUAGUCUAAGGCCACUCCUCUCCCUGGUCCCAUGCAUUUUUAUCCCACAAGCCCUAGGACGAGUUAGUGACUACAGUAGUAAGUGUCACAGUAGUAAGGUUUUUGCAUGGGGUGCCUAGUCUCUGGAUGACUACAGGCCUGGGUGCUUCUAGGGAAUACGGAGGCAGAAGCCCGUAGAAUGAUCAACUCAGAAUCAUCUUUUGGAAAUGUUGCCUAACCUCAAACUUCAGAUGAGACAUCCCGCUUCUACGCUGGGCAGCUCGGAUAUGGGUCUGCAGGAUGGAGUUCUUCCGGUCUGGCGUGCUCCUGAUCAGAGUUACUCUGAUCUGAAGAUUUUGGCGUUUAAGGCAUUAAGAUACUAGCCUGAGUUGUUCAUGGAGUUUUUCAUCAGUAUGUCUGAAACCAUUAAAUAUAAUGACGAUGAUCAUAAAACUCUGUUUCUGAAAACACUAAAUGAACAGCGCCUGGAAGGAGAAUUUUGUGAUAUUGCUAUUGUGGUUGAGGAUGUGAAAUUCAGAGCACACAGAUGUGUACUUGCUGCCUGCAGCACCUACUUUAAAAAGCUUUUCAAGAAGCUUGAGGUUGAUAGUUCUUCAGUCAUAGAAAUAGAUUUUCUUCGUUCUGAUAUAUUUGAAGAGGUCCUGAACUACAUGUACACAGCAAAGAUUUCCGUGAAAAAAGAAGAUGUUAACUUAAUGAUGUCAUCGGGUCAGAUUCUUGGUAUCCGAUUUUUGGAUAAACUGUGUUCUCAGAAGCGUGAUGUGUCCAGUCCCGAUGAAAACAAUGGUCAGUCCAAAAGUAAGUAUUGCCUCAAAAUAAAUCGCCCCAUUGGAGAUGCUGCUGACACCCAGGAUGAUGAUGUAGAGGAAAUCGGGGAUCAGGAUGACAGUCCUUCUGAUGACACAGUAGAAGGCACUCCCCCGAGUCAGGAGGACGGCAAGUCACCCACCACAACGCUCAGGGUUCAGGAAGCGAUCCUGAAAGAGCUGGGGAGUGAGGAAGUUCGCAAGGUCAAUUGCUACGGCCAGGAAGUAGAAUCCAUGGAGACCCCAGAAUCAAAAGACUUGGGGUCCCAGACCCCUCAAGCCUUAACAUUUAAUGAUGGGAUGAGUGAAGUGAAAGAUGAACAGACACCAGGCUGGACAACAGCCGCCAGUGACAUGAAGUUUGAGUAUUUGCUUUAUGGUCACCAUCGGGAGCAGAUUGCCUGCCAGGCGUGUGGGAAGACGUUUUCUGAUGAAGGCCGAUUGAGGAAGCAUGAGAAACUCCACACAGCGGACAGGCCAUUUGUUUGUGAAAUGUGCACAAAAGGUUUCACCACACAGGCCCACCUGAAAGAACACCUAAAAAUCCACACGGGAUAUAAGCCCUAUAGCUGUGAGGUGUGUGGAAAAUCAUUUAUCCGUGCCCCAGAUUUAAAGAAGCAUGAGAGAGUUCACAGUAAUGAAAGACCGUUUGCGUGCCACAUGUGUGACAAAGCCUUCAAACACAAGUCUCACCUCAAGGAUCAUGAAAGAAGACACAGAGGGGAAAAGCCUUUUGUGUGUGGCUCCUGCACCAAGGCAUUUGCCAAGGCGUCUGAUCUGAAAAGGCAUGAGAACAAUAUGCACAGUGAAAGGAAGCAGGUUACCCCCAGUGCCAUCCAGAGCGAGACAGAACAGUUGCAGGCGGCAGCGAUGGCUGCAGAAGCAGAGCAGCAGCUGGAAACGAUAGCCUGUAGCUAGAGGCAGUGGGACAGGGACACUUUGCCUGGGAAGUGGAGACUGAGAUGACGGGGAUCAUAAUGAGUGAAUGCCAGUUACUAUAUUUUUGUGGAAACGUAUGGAACAUUGUACUCACUGGACUUCAGGCAGUGAUUGGUUAGGUAUUUUUAAGACUUUCAAGGAAAUGAUGUUCCUCAGUUCUGACCAAACUGUUUCACUGUCUUGUCUGGUGUCUAGUAUUAAUGUUGCCAGUAAGCACCCCUGUCCCUUUUUUUUUUUAAUUUUAAUUUGAGAACUCCUGUGUCCAGUUUAGAAGUGAGAGACUUCCAUUUUUAAUUCCUUUACACUCACCACCCUGGCAGGUGCCCUGCACAGAGUAAUAAGUAAAUUGAUUUCCUAAUCAUCACAAUUCUAUGUGACUUAGGGUCAAACGAGCAGUUUUAAUAACUUAAUAAAAGUACUUCAGAUAGACGCAGAAAAUUGGUGAGUAGUUGACCACGAACACUGCGCAAAUAUAAAAAAAAGUUCUGGAAAUGCAGAAUGGCGUUAAGAUUUAUAUUUGGUUUGUUAAUUUUAUAUCACUGUUUUUCACUGUUUUUGUGGACAAAUAAUGGUUGCUUUGCUGAAGUGUUUCUUCCUCAAUCUUGAUUGCCCUGUACCUACCCCAGAAGCUAUAGUCACAUAUCCUACAGGCCAAGCAAACCCACCGGAAUGGUGGGGGGUCUUGGGGCCAAGCUGUUAGGUUUCUCUUAUUUGGGGCAGUGCCACUCCACACCAGCUGGGAUUUGUGAGUGGACCCGUGGUAAGAAGAAUAGAAAAGGCUCUCAGAGAUAAGGUUUUUUACAUGUGUAACAAUCCCAAGAUUUCCUAGAUGAAAAUCUUAAUUGAUUUUGAAAUUGGAUUUUUAUUUAGAAUCAAAAUUAGGACAAGAACAGAUAACUUCUUCAGAUACAUUCGUGUAACUUUACAGAAUGUCAUCAAGCUUUGGGGCUCUCUGGGGCACAUGAUUUAUCCAUAAAGGAGAUGCAGUAUGCUUACUUAAAUUAAUAAAUUUAAAAUCUUUUAAGUGUGUAAAUAGUAGUGUUGGUCUUAUGUAUUUCAAGUAAAAAGUAGACAGCUGCACUUUUUUUGCACAUUGGAUUAAAAUAACUUCCAUCAGCAGCAAACAUCAGACUGUUUUUAACAAAUAUUAAAGAUUGUCAGACCAAAUGUUUAUGUUUUCGAAGUAUAUUUCAUCACUGGUUACAGUUUUAAAUAGAAGUUGAUUGCGUUUUCAUAACCAUAAAUGAGAAUUAUAAAUUCUGUUCCAGUUUUGGUAUACUAAAUGUUCUUUUAACCAUCUUUAGGAAUAUACUGAAAUGCCAACAAUAGUUUGAAUUGUGUUCUGUAAAAAAGUAUUAGUCAAUUAUUUUACAAUAUGUAGAAUUGUAGAAAAUGUCAAUUUUUCAAUUCAUUUUUCAUUGCUAGGAUUUUUUUUUAAGAUAUUAAAGUAAUUUCACUUC